GCCGAACUGAGCAUCAUCAUGCGGCACCAGAAAGGUUCAACGGCGAAAAAUGCAUUCCAACUUCCGCUUCAAUUCCUCAGCAAACACUAUGGCUAAGAAAUCAAAAUGCGAUUUUCUUCUAACUCAUCAUUCCCUUUCAUCUCUUCUUUCUCGCCUUUGUUCUUACCUUUAAAAUCCUCGUUGUUCACUCUCUUCCCUACUCAUACUUGCCACUCCCUUCUGAAACCCUAGUUUUCUUCAAGUCCGGAUUUCGAAGUUUCAGCUCUGAAUCUUGAACAGCUUAGCAGCCCGAUAAUUUGAACUUCCCUGUAUAUAUGUUUCUUAGUUUGUUGCUUAACUUGACCUUUGUUUUUACGUUUUUGUAAUAUAGUUGCUAAACAAUAAAAGAAACUCCAUUGAUUAAUUCAAUUGGUCCUGUUGCAUUAUAAGGAGUUUGGGUUUGUGGGUGUUUUUCUACUUGUCGUAUUCAAAAUUUUUGGAGAUGACAUUCCAAUCUUGGGUUCUUACUCAGCCAGUCUUCACUUCUGGCUCCAAAUUACUUUACACUGCCCCUGAGAAUCGGCCGAAAAGAAUGCCGAUGAAAGUUUUGGCGAAUAUUAGUAGUUACCCAUUUCCCUUCGUAUCAAAUUGUGUUGGCCCAUCCGCUUCUAGAAGCUUUUCUGCUUCCCCAUAUGGGGACAAUGACAGGUUACUUGGUAGAGCUCACUUGAGAUGUUUAUGUAGAAGUAAUGACUAUUUGGGCGGAAACAAUUCUGUUUCAAAAGUAAAUGUGGAGUUUAUUCUGGAAUUAGUGAAGAAGGGAAUUAUUCUGGCUGCAAUGGUAUGUGGUAUAUCGGUCGUUGGAUGUCAACGAGUCUUCGCAAUUGAAGGUGUAGUAAACGCUGGAUAUGGAGUUAUUGGACAGAGCGUAUUGUUGCUCAGAAAUGCAUGGCCUAAGGUGUUACAAGUUCUUCGGAUGUUUAAGGAGCAAGGUUUGGUACUGGUAUUUCUUUUGGGUCUUUCAGCGUUUUUCUCCAUGGCCGAGACUUCAAUUACUACCCUUUGGCCUUGGAAGGUUCGUGAGUUGGCUGAAAAGGAGUCCGAAAAUGGUGUCUUUAGACUGCUCCGAAGUGAUGUUACUCGGUUCCUUACAACUAUACUUAUUGGCACGACUGUAGUCAAUAUUGGAGCAACAGCCCUGGUCACGGAAGCUGCAACUGCUAUUUUUGGUGAAGCUGGUGUUAGUGCAGCAACAGGAGUGAUGACGGUUGCCAUUUUGCUUCUCACUGAAAUCACUCCAAAGAGUAUAGCUGUUCAUAAUGCAACAGAGGUGGCCCGAUUUGUUGUCCGGCCAGUGGCUUGGCUUUCUCUGGUAUUGUACCCAGCAGGAAGAAUUGUCACUUACCUUUCAAUGGGGAUGCUGAAAUUGCUUGGCUUAAAAGGAAGAAGUGAACCCUAUGUAACUGAGGAUGAACUGAAAUUGAUGUUAAGAGGUGCAGAGUUGAGUGGGGCAAUAGAGGAGAAGAACAAGGAUAUGAUUGAAAAUGUGCUGGAGAUAAAAGACACUCAUGUCAGAGAAGUCAUGACACCCCUUGUUGAUGUUGUCGCGAUUGAUGCAAGUGCAAGCCUUGUAGAUUUUCACCACUUGUGGGUCACUCAUCAAUACUCAAGGGUGCCUGUUUUUGAGCAGCGUGUUGAUAAUAUAAUGGGUAUUGCAUAUGCAAUGGAUCUCCUGGACUAUGUUCAAAAGGGUGAGCUACUAGAAAGUACCACUGUUGGAGACAUGGCACACAAGCCCGCAUAUUUUGUUCCUGAUUCAAUGUCUGUUUGGAAUCUUCUCAGAGAGUUCCGAAUCCGGAAAGUUCACAUGGCGGUUGUGCUUAAUGAGUAUGGUGGAACUGUGGGAAUUGUAACUCUAGAAGAUGCUGUUGAGGAAAUUGUUGGUGAAAUCUUUGAUGAAAAUGAUUCAAAGGAGGAGAUACAGAAAAAAACUGGGUACAUUGUCAUGCGAGCCGAGGGUAUAUUUGAUGUGGAUGCAAAUACAUCAAUAGAUCAGCUCUCUGAAGAUUUGAACAUCAAGAUGCCAGAGGGUCAUCAAUAUGAGACAGUUUCAGGCUUUGUGUGUGAAGCAUUUGGCUAUAUCCCAAGGACAGGUGAGAGUGUCAAGGUGGUUCUUGAAAGGGAAGAUGAAGAUGAAAAUGACGAGUCUAAUGGUGAUAACCAGGAGGCAAAGGAGAAGUAUCAAAUUUUCAAACUCGAGAUACUAGCAGGAAAUGCUAGAAAAGUGAGCGCUGUUCGGUUUGAACGAAUAAACAAUGAAGAAGAAAUGUUGGAGAGCAAGGAAGUAACUAGGCUGGUCCCAAAAAUCAUGAAGAGAAGAUGGAAUGAUGAAGAAGAUUCGGAUAGCGCGGAAUAUGAUGGAGAAGCAUUCUCAGAGAGACCCCAGGACAGCCUAUCUGAUGAAGUUGAACAUGAAGCCAAAAAUGCUCAUGACCGUUCGUGAUUUGUUUGCUUGUUUGUUUUUGGGGGGCUUUGUGCUAUUCUUGCAACAUCAUAAAAUGAUGUGAAGAUUGGGGGGAGAGAGAGACUUGAAAAGAAUGAGAAUAAUUCAUUGGAUAAUAGGGAGAUUAGUGGGAUGAGAUGCAUUUGCAUCGUCGGCUUUAUUUGCGGCUUGUAUUUUCUUCCUCUAUAAUAAAAGGGAAGUAUUUCAUUCAAAAGAAACUGUACAGAUAAAAACGAGGAAGCCUACAGUAGAAGGUGCUGGAAUUUAUUUCA